AUGUCCGACCUGGCUGAUGGCAAAGAUGCCGCAAGUCCCUUCUUCAACGUAGAAAGAAGUACGUUGAGAUUCAUUUGGGCGAGAAAUUCGACUCCUCAGAAGUUUAUGUUGGAGCAGCUGGUCUCAUCGAUGCCACUCACGAUCAGUUUAAGAAUUGCAUUACUUAAAGAUGAGGGGGUGCAGAAAGUGGUUGAAACAUCCCGUCCCACGCUUGUAGACGAAGGGGGUGUUGUCAGUAUGGACGUAGACUUCGGACAGCACCCGAAUGACCAGGAUUUGGAAUUUAAAAUAACAAUAUGCUUCCAGGCAAAGAGAGAUUUUAAAAUGUUUACGCUAAUUAUCAUAAAACAGGGCGAUAAUUUUGAUCCUGUGCGAAGAAUUUGUAGCAUGCUCCAAACAUUAUCAGUUGAUCUGUACUACUGGAUGGCAUGUAUGGAGAGUGCAAGUGGGAGAAGAGUGAUAUCAAAGUUUGGCCUAAAUAACCACGAGAAUCAGAUUUUUUUCCUGGCACCAACCUCUGCCAGGCCAGUCCUGGUCGAACGUUUUUCAGGCCAGACCCUUGCCAACAUCAACAUGGGUGACAUUGAAGAUUGCAUUCAGCAGGGCCAAUUGGCCCUUCAGAAUUUAAAGAAGAAAUGUUACUGUGUUCCUGGCCUUUUAUUCGGAAUACACAACAAUUGGCGACGAGGAUGGGAUUCCUUUGAUCAAGCACAAGCGGUUAACAGGAGUGGGUCGUACAAAUCACGUUCAAAAAGGGACAGAGACGACGAAAAUAAAAUUAUGCCGGACGAAGCACCGAGCGCUAACACGAGUCAAGCCAUCGGCAAAGUGACAAAGUUUGUGGUGGGAGCGGAUUGGGAGUCCUACACCGAACAACUGGAUUUUUACUUUCUUGCAAAUGGAAUCAAGGAACCUAAAACAAUGAAGGCCGUACUUUUGACGAACCUUCCGGUGGAAACUUACCAAUUGGCGAAGGAUUUAGUGGCCCCCACACAACUGAAAGAUGACGCCAUUACCUAUGAGAUCAUCGUGGAGCGAAUGCGGGAACAACUGAAACCUGAAAGAUCAGCGCUGGUUGCGAGGUAUGAGUUCGACAACCGAGCCAGGAAUUCCGGUGAGUCAGUUAGUCAUUAUGUAGCCACGCUGAAGCACUUGGCCACAGAAUGUAAGUUUGGAGAGGCCAUGCGAACCGAGCGCCUUCGUGACCGAUUAGUUUCAGGUAUCCGCGACUCGAAGAUGAUUACGGAAUUGUUGAAAGUAAAACUCGCCGACCUUUCAUUUGAUCUCGCGGUUCAAAAGUGUUUGGCCAUUGAGCAGGCUAAUAAAGAUGUUCAGGUGCUUCAGGGAGAACAAGGGCCAGGCACCCCAAUCAAUAAACUUGACACUGUCAAAACUGGGGAAGAACAAGCCAUAUCCAAGCCACCACCUAGGGCCGAGGGUCCCCGAGGUAAGGACAGUAAGAAGUCUAAACCUUGUUACCGCUGUUCAGGGUCACAUAACUCACAAAAGUGUCCCUUCAUGAAAGAACGCUGUUUUCAUUGUGGCAUCAUUGGACAUACACAGAGAGCAUGUAGGAAGAGACAGGCCACCUCACAGAUGACUGAGGCUGGAAUAAAUGUCAUGGAGGGUGAUGAUUCCGAAGAAAGUGAUGGAGAAUUUGGGAACCUGUACCAUGUCUCAGACAUUAAAAACACAAAGCUCAUUUCACUUAAGAUCUACCUUGAAGGCCGCCCAGUGACUAUGGAGCUGGAUACAGGUUCAGUGGUGUCAGUCAUGAGUGAGAGGGUGUAUUUGGAUUACCUCCGCCACAUUCCUUUAAAGGACACCUCCUUGAAGUUGCGCACAUACACAGGAGAGUCAGUGAAGCCUAUGGGGUUUUGCCAUGUGACUGUGCAGUAUCAGGGACAGUCAAAGAAACUUCCCAUAUAUGUAGUGAAGAAUGAGGGACCCACCCUUUUUGGCAGAGAAUGGCUGGAAUCUAUCCAUCUGGACUGGCCCUUACUUCGUCUGGAAACAUCCGACACCAUUCCAGCCCUGGAAGAUGUCCUGAGUAAGCAUGGAGAUGUUUUCUCUGAAGGUUUGGGCAAAAUGAAGAAUAUCCAAGCACGGAUCCAAGUUAAAGAGGAUGCCCGGCCUCGAUUCUGGAAAGCCCGCCCAGUAGCGCUGGCUCGUAAACCAGCAGUGGACGAAGCAUUGAGAGAGCUGGAAGCUGAAGGAGUUAUAAAGAAGGUAGCUACUAGUGAGUGGGCUGCUCCAAUUGUGACACCUGUGAAGAAGGAUGGCAGUGUAAGAGUGUGUGGUGACUUCAAAGUGACCAUCAAUUCACAGCUGGAGGUAGACGAGUACCCACUUCCCCGCAUUGAUGAUAUUUACGCCAGCCUAGGUGGGGGAACGUUGUUCAGCGUCAUUGACCUUCGUCAGGCUUACUUACAAAUGGAGGUUGAGGAGCACUCCAGGCCUUUCAGCACCAUUAACACAACCCAUGGUUUGUUCCAGUACCAGCGCCUUCCUUAUGGUGUAGCUUCGGCGCCAGCCAUCUGGCAGCGAGCUAUGGAUCAGAUCCUGCAAGGACUACCAGGGGUCUUCUGUUACCUGGAUGAUAUCAUUAUAACCGGCCAUACCAUAGAGGAACACCUGGAGCGGUUAGUCGCAGUAUUGAAGAGGUUGGAAGAGUAUGGUUUGAAAGCCAACCGAGAAAAGUGUAAAUUCCUUAGAAGUUUUGUGGAGUACCUAGGACACGUCAUCUCUGCAGAAGGACUGCACCAAUCCCCAAAGAAAGUAAAGGCUAUCACUGAGAUGCCGAAACCUCAGGAUGUUACUCAACUGCGUGCUUUUCUUGGCAUGGUCCAGUAUUACGCCAAAUUCUUGCCCGAUCUGGCCACUCAUCUUGCUCCACUUCAUCGGCUGUUACAGAAAGAUGUGACGUGGUUGUGGGGAGCUGCGGAACAAACUAGUUUUCUUGUGGUGAAAGAAAUGUUGCUACAGGAUAGGGUUCUGAUGCGCUAUGACCCUGACUCACCACUAGUUCUUGCCACAGACAGCUCCUCGUAUGGUCUCGGAGCGGUCUUGUCACACCGUACUGCUGAGGGAGUAGAGCGUCCUAUCGCUUAUGCGUCCCGGUCCCUGUCCGAAACAGAGAAGAAGUUCUCACAAAUCGAGAAAGAAGCAUUAUCUUUGGUCUGGGGUGUGAAGAAGUUCCAAAUGUACCUGGAGGGUCGCCACUUCACCUUGGUCACCGACCAUCAGCCUUUGAAGUACAUAAUGGACCCCGGGAAGGCUGUGCCAGUCACAGCAGCAGCGAGGAUUCAACGUUGGUGUCUCUUCCUAGGAGCUUUUUCAUACAAUAUCGAGUUCCGAGGUACCAAGCAACAUGCCAAUUGUGAUGGUUUAUCUCGCCUACCCCAACCAUCAGCGCCCGCUGACAAGCCCGAUGAAGUUGAAAUAUUCCAUACCACCGUUGUCGAGGCCCUCCCCGUUACAGAGCACGACUUGAGAAUGCAGACCCGUAGGGAUCCAGUACUUUCCCGUGUUCUGGAGCUUGUGCAGUCAGGAUGGCAAGGGACCGAACUUCACCCAGAGCUCAUCCACUAUGCCCAUCGCGGUAACGAAAUCACGAUUCAUCAUGGAGUUCUAAUGUGGGAUAGUAGAGUAGUCGUCCCAGCCAAACUGAGAGAGAGAGUUUUGGAAACGCUUCACGAGGGUCACAUUGGUAUGGUCAAGAUGAAGGGUUUGUCCCGGGGUUUUGUUCAGGAUGGCAAGGGACCGAACUUCACCCAGAGCUCAUCCACUAUGCCCAUCGCGGUAACGAAAUCACGAUUCAUCAUGGAGUUCUAA